UCCUCACGAGUCCGGCAGUCAGACCGUGGGACGCGCUCAGUCCCCAUGUGCCGCCGGUCCCCGCCAGCCUGAGCCUCCGGCCUCCCUCCGCCGACCCCAGGGAACCUUGGCAGCUCCGAGAGGCCCACCUCCUCAAGAGACAUGGCUGGUAACGGCGGUGUGGCUGUAACGGCGGAAGGAAACAGCUCGAAGAUGAGAGUGAUUCGAGUGGGUACCCGGAAGAGCCAGCUGGCUCGCAUACAGACAGAUACUGUGGUAGCAAUGCUGAAAACCUUCUACCCCGGCGUGCAGUUUGAAAUCAUUGCCAUGUCCACCACAGGGGACAAGAUACUCGACACCGCGCUCUCCAAGAUUGGGGAGAAGAGCCUGUUUACCAAGGAGCUGGAAUACGCUCUGGGGAAAAACGAAGUGGACCUGGUUGUUCAUUCCCUGAAGGACCUGCCUACGGUGCUACCCCCUGGCUUCACCAUCGGAGCCAUCUGCAAGCGAGAAAAUCCCUGUGAUGCUGUUGUCUUUCACCCCAAAUUUGUUGGGAAAACCCUAGAAACCUUGCCAGAGAGGAGUGUAGUGGGGACCAGCUCCCUCCGGAGAGCAGCCCAGCUGCAGAGAAAGUUCCCACAUCUGGAGUUCAAGAGUAUCCGAGGGAACCUCAACACGCGGCUUCGGAAGCUGGACGAGCAGCAGGAGUUCGGUGCCAUCAUCCUGGCUGCCGCCGGCCUGCACCGCAUGGGCUGGCAGAGCCGGGUGGGGCAGAUUUUGCGUCCUGAGGAGUGCAUGUAUGCCGUGGGCCAGGGGGCCCUCGGUGUAGAAGUCCGAGCCCAGGAUCAGGACAUUUUGGAUCUAGUGAGUGUGUUGUACGAUCCAGAGACUCUGCUUCGCUGCAUCGCCGAAAGGGCCUUCCUGAGGCACCUGGAAGGAGGCUGCAGUGUGCCAGUCGCGGUACAUACAGUGAUGAAAGAUGGACAGCUAUACCUGACUGGUGGAGUCUGGAGUCUUGACGGCUCAGAUAGCAUGCAAGAGACUAUGCAGACUACCAUCCAUGUUCCUGCCCAGCAAGAAGAUGGCCCAGAGGAUGACCCGCAAACGGUGGGCAUCACUGCCCGCAACAUUCCCCGAGGAGCCCAGCUGGCUGCCGAGAACCUGGGCAUCAGCUUGGCCAGCCUGUUGUUGAGCAAAGGAGCCAAAACCAUCCUGGAUGUUGCACGGCAGCUGAAUGAAGCCCGCUAAAUGGCCUGCGGGACAGGGGGCCUGGAUCAUCACUGUUCAGUGCCUGCGGCUGGGUUUCAGUGCCCCGUACUCACCGAGAUGCACUUACUCUGGGAGACUGAACUGCAGCGCGAGGCUCACAGCCUCGCCUCUCACCUUGGGGCCUUGUUGACCCUCCUGCCUCCUAAAGAGAGGGGGGCUUCCUAUCUUUAGAUCAAAGUCUAAAACACAGCCUUUGAAUGUAAGCAGCUUCUAAUCAACCGGCCACAAAGGUGGUCAUUUUGAUGGGGUUGAGAAGCUAUAAAUAAAUCUUUACUUCUGA